AACUGAACGGUCGAAGUUUCCGCGCUCGUCUGUUUCUUCCACGUGGAGGAUUACACUUCGGUUUUUUUUUCCGGUAUCAGUGGCAUCUCGCGUUGCUCAGAUAACUCCGUUAUGGAAGUUUCUAUUUACGUAAUAAACGCAUGUCGAGGUUAACGGGGAUGAUAAGUGAUGAGCCAUGUGUUUCUGUGAGUCUGAAUAGCGAUUGAACCGAGUUGUGUUGGAAGAACCAAGCGCUUACAGCGGCUCAGUGAGAGGCUUUCGUUCAGUGUAGUUUUUUCAUUUUAGUUUUGUGAACAGUGAAGUAUUUAUUUUUCAAGCUGGUUUUUUGUUUGUUUACGUUGAAUAAGUGGAUUAUUUUAUUAUUAUUGGAUUAUUCGAGAUUCGAGAGCUGCCGUGGAGGACGCACAUGAGGUGAAAAGCCACGGAGGGUGGAUAGAAAAGUCAGUGAGAAGGUGGUACUGAAGGAGGCGCAUGGAGAGGAUGAGCUAGCAACAUGUGGAGGAUGGAGUGGCGUGGCUUGUCUGCCUGGUCAUGGAUGUGGCUAUGGCUGUGGUUUAUAGCAGCCAUACUCGGUUCAGCGUCUUCCGGUGGACAUACAUCAUCAACACCACCACCGAUAAACAGUCCUGUCGGUACAUCAGUGUCCCAGGGAUUGAUAACUCAGGAUUUUCAUUUCACAAAACCCCUCUACAAUGUUUCAAUAUCAGAGAAUUCAAUUGGCAAGACUUAUGUCAUGCCGGAAAAUAAAAUGGGAAUACAGUUGUCAUCAUCGGCACUUGGAUAUAUCGAUAUUAAAUACAGAAUAGUGGGUGGUGAUCGUGAUAAAUUUUUCAAAGCUGAAGAACGUACAGUCGGUGAUUUUUGUUUUCUCUUGAUACGGACACGCACUGGUAAUGUUGAUGUUUUAAAUCGUGAGCGUAAAGAUCGUUAUGUACUCGAAGUGCGUGCAACAACAGCGUUGAAAGACAUUAGAAAUAAGCAAACAGUACUUGAGACUGAAACAACAGUUGUUGUUACCGUAUUGGAUACAAAUGACCUCAACCCAUUAUUUUUUCCAACUGAGUACAAAGAAACCGUGACAGAGGACACACCAUUGCACCGAAGUAUACUCAGGGUAGCAGCUGAGGAUGCUGAUCUAGGAAGAAAUGGUGAAAUAUAUUACAGCUUUGCGGAGGAGACUGAGCAGUUUGCUGUACAUCCAGUCAGUGGGGUCAUCACGCUCACCAGGCCACUGAGGUAUGCUGAGAGAGCAAUUCAUGAGCUGGUGGUGUUUGCUGAGGACAGAGGUGCACUGUUCCGUGGAGUUGGUAAGAAUCGUGCCAGUACAGCGAGGGUCACAAUCAGGGUACAGCAGGUAAAUCUUUAUGCACCUGAGAUAUAUGUGAAUCAUCUACCAGAUAUUGUGGAGAAUUCAAAUGCCGAUGUAUAUGCAAUUGUGCGUGUUGUUGAUCGUGAUGAGGGUGUACAUGGUCAAAUAGCGAGUUUGGAUAUUGUUGGAGGUGAUCCAAAUGGUCACUUCAGAAUAAGGCCAGGACAAAGACCUGGUGAAUACAGUAUCGAAAUACUUCAUCUCUUGGACCGAGAGACAGCACGUCAGGGUUACAAUCUAUCACUGCGGGCCAUUGACAGGGGUACACCUCAGCGUUUCAGUCACAAAAUCGUGCCAGUUCAUCUCACUGACGUUAACGACAAUGCACCAGUAUUCAGUCGUAAGAUAUACGAUGUUAGUGUACCAGAAACAGCGCCAGUUAAUACACCAGUUAUCAAGCUUAAAGUUACGGAUGCUGAUGAGGGUAAAAAUGCACUGGUAUCGUUGGAAAUUGUUGGUGGUAAUGAGGGUGGUGAAUUUUAUGUUAAUGCCGAUACUGGUAUGUUAUAUACUGCUGUAUCACUUGAUGCUGAAACUAAAGCCUUGUAUACACUAACAGUAUCAGCAGUUGAUCAGGGAAAUACUGGAACAAGGAAGCAAUCAUCAGCUAAAGUUAAGAUUAACGUUAUCGAUGCUAAUGACAACGAUCCAACAUUUGACGAGACAGAAAUGACCAUUGAAAUGGAUGAGAAUAAACCAGCUGGAACAACUGUUGUUAAAGUAACCGCUAAAGAUAAAGAUUCUGGUGAAAAUGCAUACAUAUCUUACUCCAUUGAUAACAUCGAUGGUGUACCAUUUGAAAUUGAUCCAUUCACUGGUAUUAUUAAAUUAAAACAGCUCAUUGACUAUGAAACAAUGAAACGUGAUUACGUAUUGGCAGUUAGAGCCAGUGAUUGGGGAUUACCAUACAGACGACAAACGGAGAUGCAGUUGCGUAUCAAAAUUCGCGAUGUCAAUGACAAUCGUCCCCAGUUUGAGAAGAUCGAUUGCCUGGUGCGUGUGCCACGUUAUGUUUCAAUUGGUUCAGAAAUUAUUACAGUAUCAGCGAUUGACCUCGAUGCUGGCAACAUCAUUCAUUAUCGUUUGGAAUCCACCAACGAGGACACAUGUUUUUCACUCGAUCCAUCUACCGGUGUACUCUCAGUUGUUUGUGAUCUCACCGAUGUCACUGUCAAUGAUAUGUUUGUCAAUGUAACAGCUACAGAUGGCACACACUUUGCUGAUGUCAAUGUCAUUCAUGUUCAAUUGGUUAAUGCCAAGAGAAAUCUUGUUGCACAGGGAAAAGUACUUGAUAAUACCACUGCUGCAAGAUGCACUGAUACUGGUGUUGCUAAACGUCUUGCUGAAGCUAUUGCCAGUGCCAAGAAAAAUGAUCAACAUUCUCAUGAUGAUACACAGUCCCUUACACCAAGACGAUACGGUGGUAAUGUUCAUGCACCAGAAUUCAUUGAUUUUCCAAAUGAAAUUAAAGUCAAUGAGUCAGUUAAACUUGGUACAACACUCGUGAAAAUACGCGCCAAAGAUCGUGAUCUAGAUUACAAUGGUAAACUCGUAUACGGUAUAUCAAGUGGUGAUAGAGACUCAGUAUUCGGUAUUGAUCAGGAAACUGGUGAUAUAAAUAUCAUCGGCUACUUGGAUCGCGAGAGAGAAAGUGAAUACUUUCUCAAUAUCAGUGUCUAUGAUCUCGGUAAACCACAAAAAUCAUCAUCACGAAUGUUACCAAUUACAGUGCUAGAUGUUAAUGACAACGCUCCCAAGUUCGAGAAACCAUUAGCCAGUUUCAAGAUAUCAGAAAAUGCUAUUAAUGGUACACAGGUAUUUCGUGCUAAUGCAACUGAUGCUGAUCUUGGUGAAAAUUCACGAGUGACUUACUCCCUGGUGACUGAAACUAAGGACUUUAAAGUUGAUUCAUUAACUGGUGUUCUCAGUGUUUUUGGAAAAUUGGAUCGCGAAAGACAGGAAAUUUAUGAACUAAGAAUUCGGGCUAGUGACAAUGGUGGACACAAUGGUGAUUUACCCUCACUUUAUUCCGAUGCUUUGGUCCGUGUUACGGUUGAUGAUAUCAAUGAUAAUCCACCAAAAUUUGCACUAUCAAGUUAUUCAGUCAAGAUACGGGAAGAUGUUCCUGUAUGGUGUGUUGUUGCUGUUGUCGAGGCAACUGAUCCAGACGAGGGUUCUGGUGGUGAAAUUGAAUAUUUCCUGUCCGAUGCUAUGGACAGUGAGGGUUAUUUCAAGGUUGAUCGUGUUUCUGGUACUGUACGUACAGCUCAACAUCUUGAUUUUGAACAACGUCAGGUACACACACUCACUAUUAUCGCCAAGGAUCGUGGUGAGCCAUCAUUGUCAAGUGAAACAAUGCUCAUUAUUGAAGUUGUUGACGUUAAUGAAAAUCUUCAAACACCGGUGUUCGAUGAUUUAAUUGUGUCCGCGAGUGUUUUUGAGAAUCAACCAGUUGGUACAUUAGUGACAAGUGUUCGUGCUAAAGAUGGUGAUCCACCGGGUGCUGAUUCAAAAAUUGGAUACACCGUACGAGGUGGAGAUGGCAUUGGACUUUUCACAAUCGACGAUGACGGAAAUAUUAAAACAAAAGCAGUCCUCGACGUGGAAUCGAAAAAUGGAUAUUGGUUGACUGUUUACGCUCAGGAUCACGGCGUCGUACCCCUCAGCUCCCAACUUCAGGUUUACGUGGAGGUACUCGAUGAGAAUGAUAACACACCUCUGACCGAAUAUCCGGUUUACUAUCCGUCUGUUCCGGAAAAUUCACCCGCCGGUGUCAGUGUACUCCACAUAAAGGCCUUCGAUCGCGAUGUCUCACCCCAAGAAUUUUCAUUCUCCAUAACCAGCGGCAAUCCCGAGGGCUACUUUCUCAUCAACUCGACAACUGGUCUGAUCACAACCAGUGGAAGAAAACUCGAUCGUGAGAAUCAAGCUGAGCACGUGCUGGAGGUGACUGUUAGAGAUGAUGGAAUACCCCCCCUCUCCUCAACAACUCGAGUUGUUGUUCAAGUGGAAGAUAUCAACGAUCAUGGUCCGGAAUUUGAGCAGAAGUUUUACACUGUUCGUAUACCAGCCACGUCCGACAUCGAUAAGCCACUCUUUCAGAAAUCGAAGAACCGCUCGAGGGCAUACGACCUAUCGAGUGAUAGCGAUACAUUGCUCGAGAAUGGAACAUGGGAGACGUAUAGCCCCGACACCCUAUCUGGAGAUCGUGUCUUCAGGGUCCUCGCCAAUGACAGAGAUGUCGGUGACAAUGGAAAGAUAACAUACAGUAUCAAGGGCGGUAGGAACAAGGGAAAGUUCAGGAUUCAUCCAACAACGGGAAUGGUCUACUCCCAGAAGGGCUUCGAAGUUGGACAGGAGUACGAGAUGCUGAUACGAGCGGCUGACAACGGUGAACCACAGAGGAGUCAUCAGACUCGAGUCUCGGUGCAGGUUGUUGAGGCGCCAAAAGAAUCCGAGUAUGCUCCAGUCUUCAAGACAAACAAUCAAACUGCUGCGGUGACAGAGAGCGAUGAAGUUGGUUUUCUAGUGGCACUUGUUCAAGCAACAGACAAAGACGGCGAUACCCUGUGGUACGAUAUCGUCGAUGGUGACAAGAGAGAUGAAUUUUUCAUUGGCCGUGACAAUGGAAACGUAUUAUUAGCAAGAAAACUCGACUGGGAGACCCAGAAUUUUUACAAUUUGACAGUAUCCGUGACUGAUGGUGUGUUUACCGCAAAAACUCAGUUAUUAGUAACAGUGAUUGACAUAAAUGAUCAUCGUCCCGAGUUCUCAGAGAGUACGUAUAGGGUUGAAAUAUCGGAGAAUGUUGAGAAGGGUGAGAGAGUUCUCCAGCUCCAUGCGACUGACAGGGAUGAGGAUAAAAAGGUAUUUUACAGCCUCCAUGCCGCCCAGAAUCAGCAAUCACUCGAGAUAUUUCACGUUGACUCAAUAACUGGUACAAUUACCCUCAAUGAUUAUUUGGAUCGUGAAGCCAUUGAGGAGCACAUACUCACAGUUAUGGUCAGGGAUCAGGGUACACCGGCUAAAAGAAAUUAUGCCAAAGUUGUUGUCACUGUUCACGAUCACAAUGAUCAUGUACCUGAGUUUAUAAACGAAAUAAUUCAGGGCAAAGUUUACGAGACAUCGCCGAUUGGCACAGCUGUUGUACAGAUCUGUGCUAUUGAUCGUGACAGAGGUGACAAUGCUAGAAUCACGUAUUCCAUUACAUCCGGAAAUGUUGGUAAUGUAUUUUCGAUUGAUCCUGACUUGGGUAUAGUGAGGGUCGCACGUGAUCUGGAUCUCAGUGUCACUGCUGAGUAUAUUUUACUUGUGAAAGCAACGGAUCAUGGCUCACCACCACUAACAAAUACUGUACCAGUUGAUGUUGUUGUCACAAUGGCUGACAAUGCACCACCGAGAUUUUUACAGCGUGAACUUGCUGCUGAAAUUUAUGAGAAUCAACAGACUGGUACUUAUGUUAAACAUGUGGAAGCUAGAAGUACAUCGUCUUUACAAUUUGAGAUAACUAGUGGUAACAAGGACGACAUGUUCUUCGUGAAUCCGAGUACUGGUGUUAUAACAACGAAGAAUCGAUUGGAUUACGAGAGAAUUAAAUUCUAUAAUCUGACUAUUUCUGCAACAAAUAUGGCAGGUGCAUCAGCAAUGUGCAGUGUUAUUGUUCAUGUUUUGGAUAGAAAUGACAAUCCACCCAAGUUCCUUCAGGCCAUUUACAACGGCCAGAUCAGCGAAGGCGCCAGUAUCGGAUCACUCGUCCUGACUAAUUCAAGCUCACCCCUGGUUAUCAAAGCCGAAGACGCUGACUCGGAAUUAAAUGCUCUACUCAGCUACGAUAUCGUGGAGGAUCUGCCGAGGAAGUAUUUCCAUAUUGACUCGAGUACAGGUGCUAUAAGGACGAUUAUGAUGUUGGACCACGAGACUAUUCCCAAUUUUGAGUUUCACGUCAAGGUCUCGGACUUGGGAAAGCCAAAAUUAUCGUCAGAAACCACUGCCAAAGUAAUGAUUACUGUCACUGACGUCAAUGAUUGUCCACCAAAAUUCUCACAGACAAAUUACAGUGCCACUGUUCUUCUACCGACUUACAGAAAUGUCAAAGUUAUUCAGGUGCACGCGGUGGAUCCGGACAGUACCAAGGAGCCCCUGAGGUACGACGUAAUAGAUGGUAACAAGAACCAAACGUUUGAAAUUGACUCCCAGAAUGGUGUCAUCACCAUCAACGAACCCGACAGAAUGAAGAAAUUCUAUCUUCUUCAUGUACGUGUCUCGGACGACAAAUACUCGGGUGUUGCACAAGUCUCCAUUAAUGUAGAGCAAUCGGAAAAUUCCGGUCUCGUGUUUCAACGUAACAUCUACGAAGGGACAAUAGAGGAGAAUUCGACCAAAAUAAUGACCGUUGCCGUUGUUAAUGUACUUGGCUCGGCAUUGAACGAGCAUAUAAUCUUCAGCAUUCUCAAUCCAACUGAUAUGUUUGAAAUUGGCAGAACAUCGGGGGCAAUAAGAACAACUGGCAAACGCUUUGACAGAGAAACAACUGAUCAUUGUGAGCUCAUUGUUGAGGCCAUGAGUCCUGCACUAGAUCGAGAAAAACCGAGGGUGGCACACGUCAUAGUCAAUGUUACCAUUGUCGACAUUAACGACAAUUGCCCCAUGUUCGUGAAUCUUCCGUAUUAUGCAGUUGUUUCGGUUGAUGCGCAGAAAGGGAGUGUCAUCACGAAGGUCCACGCAAUCGAUAUGGAUAGCGGUGACAAUGGCGAAGUGAGAUACGAACUGAAGAAGGGUCACGGUGAACUCUUCAAGGUAUCCCGGAAAACUGGUGAAAUAUCACUGAAACAGAAUUUGGAGGGUCAUAAUCGAGAGUAUCAGUUGACAAUAGCUGCAUAUGACGGUGGCCUGACACCUUGUUCCAUCGAGGUACCAGUCAAUGUUAAAGUGAUUGAUCGAUCAAUGCCAACAUUCGACAAACAGUUCUACACGGACGAUGUCUUUGAGAAUAUCGAGGUUGACACACCACUCUCACUGUCUAUUCAAGCAAAGUCAGAUCUCGAUCGCAAACUUAUCUACAGCAUCACGAAGGGCAACGACUUCGAGGAGUUUGCCCUCAACUUUAACACUGCCCCCGACAAUAACAAUGGUCCCUGUACAAUCUACGUUGUGGAUGAGUUGGAUUACGAGCUAAAGAAACAGUAUGAACUAACAGUACGUGCUACAGACAGUGUAUCGGGUGUUUACGCCGAAGUACUUGUCAGUAUUCUCGUUCAGGAUGUCAACGAUUGCCCACCAGAGUUUACACAAGACUCGUAUAACAUAUCAGUCUCGGAGGCAGCACCUUUUGGCACUUCAAUUCUCACUGUCAGCACGAGAGACAACGACACUGGCAUCAAUCAGGAGGUCGUUUAUGCGAUACAAAACGAUACAUUAAACAGCAACGAUCUAUUCCACAUUGAUCCAAAGGAGGGUGUACUCCUCCUAAAGAGAUCACUCGACCAUGAAACUCAUGAUUCUCAUCACUUCACGGUAAUUGCAACAGACCGUGGCAUUCCCCCCCUCUCAAGCACUGCACAUGUCUGGAUCACUGUCAUCGACAUGAACGACAAUCCCCCAAAAUUCGAGCAGCCGUCGUACACGUGUUCACUGUCAGAGGAUGCUGAACGCGGUCAAUUUGUGACAGUUGUGACAGCAAGUGAUCCAGAUUUUGUCGAUGAGAAGUUAACGUACACUAUUGUUGGUGGCAAUGAACAACAGACUUACAGUAUUGAUCAGACAACGGGAAUCAUAACGUUGAUCAAUAUGCAGAACUUUGGUGAUCAGAAAUUGACAAUGCUGAAUGUAUCGGUAACUGAUGGCGUUUACACGAGUUUUACACGCGUUAAAAUUGAAAUACUACCAGCUAACAGGCACAAUCCCAAAUUUGCAAAUCCUCUGAUUGAGAUCACAGUUAUGGAAAAUCAAUUACCAGGAAGAUUAGUUACCACUGUCCUCGCCACAGACGAAGAUUUUGGCGAUUAUGGCCACGUGGUUUACUCAAUUCCCUCAGCGAUGAUGCGCGAUAUAUUCGACAUUAAUCGAGUUACGGGGGAGAUUAUGACGAAGAAGAAGUUGGAUAGAGAGACAAAAAAAUUCUACGAAAUUCCAGUCAUGGCGACUGACGACGGGGGACGAUCAGGAUUCGUCAUUGUUAGAGUCAAAGUAGGGGAUGAGAAUGACAAUCCUCCCGUAUUUUUGCUCCGCGAGUACAAGACAUCUGUACACAGCAAUGUAUCGAAAAAUGUACCAUUCGCCAAGGUGAAGGCACAGGAUGUCGACGACGAGGAGUCGGCGAAGAUCGAGUACUCGAUUUACGAGCCCCAGAAUUCAGAGAUGAAGAAACUAUUCGGAGUCGAUCCAGACACAGGAGCUGUUUUUCUCCUGAAGAAUGCAGCACCUCUGGAGAAUCAAUUGUUUGAAUUUUUCAUUCGUGCAACGGACAAGGGUAUUAAGCCCCACCAUGCAGACGUUCCCUUCAGUGUCUACGUAAUGAGCCCUGUGGAUGUACCACCUCUGUUCGAAUGGAAGGAGGACAAGUUUUUUAUAUCCGAGGCAUCACCGAUAGGCACACCAAUAACUCGUCUCAAAACAUUGACAAAUAAUACCGUAAACUACAGAAUUCUAUCCGGUGAUGAUCAGACUCAGGAAUUUGCCAUAAACAAACAGGGACAAAUAACACUGGUUAGAAAUCUAGAUCGAGAGCUGAAGGAUAAUCACUUGAUUGCUGUACUAGCGGAAACCGAUUCGAGUCCACCAUUAACAGCCCUAGCGGAAAUAUCUCUCCAAGUGCUCGACGAGAACGAUCAUGCACCGAAGUUUGAGAGCAAUCCUUACACAGUUACUCUUGCUGAAAACAUCGAGGAAGGAACGUCAAUUAUCAAAGUCAUAGCGCACGACGAGGAUUUGGGAAAUAAUGGUGAAGUGAGGUACUCAUUUGGCACUGACAUCGGUGAAUUGGCAAAUGUAUUUACAGUGGAUGCUUACACCGGAUGGAUAUCGACACUCGUACAACUCGACAAAGAAAAACAACCAGAAUUUAAAUUUCAGGUUGUUGCCACGGACAACGGUAAUCCAAAACACUUUGCCAGAACAUCGGUGCACGUCAAGUUGAAGGAUUAUAAUGACAAUUCACCGGCAUUUGUGAAUGAUAGGUACGAGGCAACAGUCAAGGAAGAUGCACUUCCUGGUACUGUUGUGGUUAAACUAGUGACGGUUGACAAAGAUAUUGAUCUGUCCACGCCCGUUGAGUUUUACAUCACCGGAGGAGAUCCCCGAUCUCAGUUUCAAGUGAGGGCAACUGGCGAAGUUUAUGUGGCUAAGGCAUUGGACAGAGAGACAAUUGAUAGAUACGAAUUGAGUGUUAUUGGUACUGAUGGAAAAUUUGUAUUCGAUACCAAAGUUAUAGUCCAAGUACUGGACGUUAAUGACAAUCCUCCGUAUUGUCUGAGAUACAGAUACCGAGAAAUUCUAUCGGAGGGAUCCCAUCCGGGUACUUAUGUACUGACUGUUCUUGCCACCGAUUAUGAUGACGAGUCUAAUGCAAAACUUCGGUUCUAUCUGACAGACGACAACAAUGGCAAUCACAACGAUAAAUUCUCACUGGAUAAGGACACUGGAGUACUCAAGACAAUUGGACAAUUGGAUAGAGAGAGUCAGUCCAAAUAUUCCCUCACGGCACACGUACAGGACCGUGAUAAAUCCUACUGGGAGUGUUCAUCGCAAUUGGAAAUUAUUAUCUCCGAUCUCAAUGAUAAUGCACCGCGAUUCACAAUGUCUUCCUACAGUACAGCACUUCCUGAGGACGUUAAAGUUGGUACACUCGUUACUAAAGUACACGCCACCGACGACGAUAUCGGUAUCAAUCGUAAAGUUAGGUAUGAAUUUGUGGAUUCAGCGAAUGGACACUUCUUGAUCACGUCGGACAGUGGUAUUGUGACACUGGCUAAACCCCUGGACAGAGAGACCAAAGAGAUGUACAAUUUAACAGUUAAAGCACUGGAUCAGGGAACACCUCAGUUGUUCAGUACCGCAAUAUUAAUUGUUAAUGUUCAGGAUAUAAACGACAAUCCCCCUGAGUUUGUUACCAAAUUGUAUUUCGCUAGUGUUCCUGAAAUCGAUCAAGUUGGCACUGAAGUGGCGCGAGUUAUGGCUGUGUCGAAGGAUACUGGUGUUAACGCCAUGGUUUACUACUCAAUAGUGGGCGGUAACGAGCAUAAAAAGUUUCAUAUUGACAAUAACACUGGUAUUAUAUCCAUUGCUGAGCAACUGGAUUACGAGAGAGCUCGUGAUUAUUUUCUAACAAUACAGGCGAUUGAUGGUGGCAUACCACCACUUAGAAACUACGCAACAGUCAAUAUUACCGUGACUGAUUGCAACGACAAUGCACCAAAUUUUAAUCAACUGUCGUAUCGUUCUGCGGUGAGAGAAGACGCCAAAGUUGGGGAUGAAGUUACAAGAGUAUCUGCCCACGAUCUGGAUAGCAAUGAAAAUGGUAAUAUCUCAUAUUCCAUUGAACGGGGAGAUCGGUUGAAACAAUUUAAAAUAGACAAACGCACGGGAAUUAUAACGGUCUCUGGUGAAUUGGAUCGUGAAGCAAUAUCUGGUUAUGAUCUAGAGGUGCAUGCCAGAGACGGUGGUCAGCCUACACUUGAAACAUCAGUCAUCGUUAAUAUCGAAAUAACUGAUGCUAAUGACAAUCCACCAUUGUUCAGUGAACUAAAUUACACAGCUGUUGUGCAAGAGGAUAAAAAAUUAGGUCAUACUAUUCUUAAAUUUGUGGUUACUGAUGCUGAUAUUGCCCCCAAUGGUGAACCAUAUACGUUUGAUUUUCGCUCGGGGAAUGAGGGUGACGCCUUCAGACUCGAGCAGGAUGGAACUCUAAGGACAGCUAUGAAAUUUAAUAGCCGAGUCAAGGAUCGAUAUUUACUGCACAUAAGGGUAUUUGAUAAUGGCAGUCAGCCGUUGUACUCCGACGCAUGGGUUUUAGUGAAGAUAAUCGAAGAGUCGCAAUAUCCACCGGUAAUAAUACCCCUCGAUAUCAUGAUAAAUUCAUACAUUGAUCAGUAUCCCGGUGGUGUUAUCGGACGAGUACAUGCCAGUGAUAGAGAUCAAUAUGACACGCUUCAUUACAGUUUAAUUCCAUCAGCCAGCAACGCCGAUCUCUUCCAGAUUGACAAGGAAGAUGGAACACUGAGAGCAUCACCAAUGCCCGAUGUCGGCGAGUAUCGUAUCAAUGUCAGUGUUUCGGAUGGUAAAUUUCAUUCCCACGCAAUCGUCAAAGUAGACGUCGAACUCAUCUCCCAGGAGAUGCUCGACAAUUCGGUGAUUAUAAGAUUCCGCGACGUCAGCCCGGAGGAUUUUAUAUUCAGUCAUCGAAAGGGUUUCCUCCGGACCGUUAGGCAUGCCAUGAAUUGCCGUCUCAAGGACAUUGUUAUCAUUGGGGUGCAGGCCUCCACGGACGACAACGUAAAUGUGAUAAAGUCCCGAACGGUGCGUCAGGUCAUUCACAAUGAUCUCGACCUACUCUUCGCUGUACGUAAAUCAAAUCCACUGCUCGGUGGGCCCGGUUACUACACCUCCGAGAGCGUACGCGAGGCUCUUAAUCAGCAUGUUGAGGAGCUCGAGUCGACGAAACUUGUGGUAGAGGAAAUAGUGAGAUUCAAGUGUAACAAGGGCCAGUGUAUUUACGGCGAGUGUCACGAGAGGAUAGUACUCGAUCAGGGCGAGAUAACACCGAUAUCCAGUGAGAUUAUGAGCUUUGUAUCACCCAAACACAAACACAAAAUCGAGUGCACAUGCAAGGAGGGUUAUGCUGGUGAUCAUUGUCAGAUUGUUGUUAAUGAGUGCGCACGUGAUCCGUGUCAAUCCUUCAAAGUUUGCACUCCCGAUUCAUCCGCCGUGGGUUAUUCCUGCCUCUGUCCCGAGGGCUUUGCAGGGCCUACCUGCGACAUCGAUAUGUCCAAGUGUCACGACGAGUCGUGUUAUGUACCGAGAAAUCCGAUAUCCUUCGGUGGCAAGAGUUAUGCACGUUAUAAAAUCGAUAAAGCCCAGAUAAGACAGACAAUUGAGGAUCGUUUGAGCCUAUCCCUGAGGGUGAGAACUGUCCAGCCAACUGGUAAUCUCAUGUAUGCCUCGGGGAAGAUCGAUUACAAUAUCUUGGAGAUUGUCAAUGGAGCUGCACAGUAUAAAUUUGAUUUGGGCAGUGGUGAGGGACUCGUGAGAGUCACCAGUGUUUUCAUCAGUGAUGGACAGUGGCAUGAGAUACAACUGGAGCGUGAAAGUAAUUCGGCCCGACUCACUGUCGAUGGUAAACACGUUGCCCAUGGCUCGGCUCCUGGUAUCAAUGACAUUCUGAAUUUACAAUCUGACGAUUUGUAUCUUGGUGCUGAGGUACGCAAGCAUCCAUCAAUUCUGGGCUUUGAGGAUGUUCAGAGGGGCUUUGUUGGAUGUAUGGAUGACGUAAAGAUAUCAAAAGUACCAGUGCCCAUGCACAUGAGUGGAGCAAGCAGUGUUGCUGUACUCAAACGUUUUGCCAACGUUGAAUUCAAUUGUGAUACUGCUACGAUACUCAUUCCACCUGGAAUAUGUGGCUCACAGCCCUGUCAGAAUGGUGGAACCUGUAGAGAGACGGAUGGUGACACAUAUGAAUGCCAGUGUCACGGUAGAUUCACGGGUUUAGCUUGUGAAAUCGAUACUGAUCCGUGUGCAUCAUCGCCUUGUCUAUAUGGUGGACGAUGUAAGCCACUGCCGGAAGGUGGUGAUUACUCGUGUGAUUGUGUUGGGCCGAGUUUGUCUGGUAAACGAUGUGAAUUUGGUAGAUACUGCAGUCCAAAUCCAUGUAUUCAUGGGGGAAUAUGUGAGGAGGGUAACAGUGGGCCUAUUUGCAAGUGUCAAGCAUUCACUGGCGAAAGAUGUGAGACCGAUAUCGAUGAGUGUGAGAAUAAUCCGUGCAGCAGUGGUGGUAUUUGUGUCAAUGAGAUUGGAAGUUACAGGUGUAUAUGUCCCCCUAAUAUGACAGGAAUAAAUUGCCUGAGUCCUGUUUUCUCCACAUCAAGUAUCUCGGAGCACUUUAACAUCACCAGGGAACAGCUGAUGUGGAUUGGAAUUGCCCUCGUUGCCAAUAUCUUUCUCAUCAUCAUCGUCUUCAUCACGUACAGGAAAAUCCGGAAUAAGAGGAGCAGAGCGAGGGCUAAUAACAUCAAUAAUGAGACGAGAAAACAGAUUGUCUUGAAUUCAGCGAGAACUAACGAUCACGAGUUCAAGCGAAGCUCCAAAUUGAGCAAUUUGGAGGUCAUACAGAGAGAACCUCCCCAAUGCCCUCCCCGACCCGCAUCCUAUACCCCAAGCUCCAACAACGAGCCAACGGCAUACAGCAAUUCAGCAGCAGUCGCUCUCAAUAAUCUCGAUACACUGCGUAGUUAUGGGAGCGCUGGGGAUGAGUUAGAAAAUUUUCCCCCCGAUUAUUUGAGAAAUCUCAAUCGAAGUACCCCAGUGCCCAAUCCAACCCUUACACUAGCUAAUCCAGUGGGUGGAAAUGCAACUGGAGGUGAUACGGAUAGCCUUCACAAGCCAUCUUGGCAGGAACAGAUGCAGCUUGCAUCGUUUAUCACCGAUACAGCUAAAAUUAAAAAUGACCUGAAACGAGCGAGCCCAGUGGUACCAGAGCUGACCACUGGAGGACUUCUACUAAAUUCAACACGACGGAUACCUCACGGAGGUGGCACUUCAGUAGCUUCCCUAUCGUCUGUUGAGGAUGAUCCUCGUAUUGUCGGUGGGUAUCACUGGGACUGCUCAGACUGGGUCAGGCCGAGUCAGAAUCCUCUUCCUAAUAUCACAGAGGUACCUGGCAGCGAAGUUCCAGACUCGUCGAGCUUCCACAGCAAUGAGAGUAACGAGUCCAAUACUCAUCAGCUACCGUCGAUGCAUGGUCCAGUAGAUCCAACCCGUGACAUCUCAACUCUCAACGAAGACCAAGAAUCAGAAUACAUCGGCGAUUCAGAAUGCGGUACAGAAUUUUCCGAGCACUAUAACUGCCCCGAAACACAACGACUUAAUCCACUGGACAGUGGUGGUGAGGGUGAAUACAAAUACAAGGACACAGAGAGCUACCUCAGGCAUCCAAACUCGUAUCUACCACAUUACAAUAUACACACGGACACGGAGAACGAGAUUAAUCCGCUCAAUGGCCGCCUUAGUACACUGGAAUCUGACGAGGAAGAAGACGACGUAGUGCCUUACGGUUUUCCAAGCAUAAGACGUAACAGAUGUAAAGGCGAUGAGACAGACGAGAUGGGCUCUGUCAUAACAACACUCGAGGAGAGAAAUUCACUGCUCGGUGGUACGAGUAACAGCGAUCUGUCCACAAAUCUCUGUGAAAUUGAUGACUCAGAGUAUGAGAUUAAUGAGCAGAAGAGCAAUGGACGUAUCUGGUUAUCAGGUAAUGGUGUUACACAAACAUCUGUGUGACAAUUGCUAGUGUUUCAUAGAAAUAUUCAUAACACUAUUGAUUACAUCGUGAUGAUGAAAAUUUUUUCAUCAGAGAUUGUAUUCGUCAAUAUGCAAUUUUGUAAAUAUCAAAUUUGAUAAUGACUGUAGGGUAGAUUUAUUAUUGCUGGGCAGCUACUUCAUGAGAGACUGAAUUAUUGAAACGACUCAAUAUACUGCCGAUUAAACUCCCAAAUUCAUUUUUAACAUUAAUAUUUUUUUCAUGAAAACUGCGUGAGUUAUUUUCCAUGAGUGAGGAGGUACCGACACGUACUUAAACACGAUAAAAAUUUUGUUUAUUCGGCUGUCGAUGUGGAAUCAUUCGUUAUUCAAAGGAAAAAAAAUUCCAUAGACCAAUGACUAUUGUUUAGUGUAACUAUUGGUAAUUUAUUAUUCUCUAGUUAUUUUUCUGUUUUGGUGGAUAACAAAUUCAAUGCAACGUGAAUGGCAAUUCCAAUGGGGCGGGAAAUUAGUACGAAUAUGGUGACUUUAAUUGUAUUUUUGCUAACAAUUAACUUGACUUUAUUUUCGAUUGUGUGUAAAUGAACCGAUGGACUACUUAAACUAUUACCAAUAACAGAGUGAAUAAUUGGAUUAUUUAUAGUGUAGUUAUGCUUAUAACUUGAAUAUAUAAUGAGAAAAAUAAUAUGAGAGAUGUGAGGAAAAAAACGCACCCGUUCUGUGCGAUUGAACACGAGUUGAUAGUUUGAAAGAUAUAAAUAAUGAGAGUAAAUAAAAAUAUUUUUACUGUGAUGAUAAUAAUGUUUAUACGAUUAUUGAAGAGGAAACUGAAUAUAACUUGUAUCAUAAUAGUAAUCGUAAAGCGUUAAGGUAUUGCAAGGUUUUAUAUAUUAUAAUAAAAAGGGCAAAAAUCUAAAUAUCAUGAAGCAUCUAAUAAUUACACUAUUACUGUCAAAUUGACAAUGAGUUCCUUCCAAUAUCAAUUUUUUAAUCAUUACCCUUUACUAGCUGCCAGUGAUAUAUUCAUUAUUGUUACAUUAUCGACCACGUUACUUCGAAAAAGAAAAUCAUUUAUUAAUGUACUUGUUCGAUAAGACUGCAUUGCAAUCAUUCUCUUAAUUUUUCACAUUUUUUAUAUCACUGCACCAUCUGAUGAAUGAACGAACAAAUGUCAACGUUGAACUGCCAAUAUUUUAAAUGCCAUAAAAUAAUGAGUUAAACACUGACUCCGUAGGCUACAAUUUUUCUAAUGCCCUUUUUUUAUCGAAAUAUCGUUUUGCAUAAGAGUAGGUGUAAUUAUUUCCCUAGGGGCAGCUUUAAUUUCCUUCUCUCGAAGAGAGAAUUCAUGCGGUUUCAGACAGAUAUUUUUAUUAACAAUAUUUUAUGUUUCUACUUGAUAGAAAAAUCCGCUGAGAAGUAAUGAAUCUACCGGGUGGCAAGGGGAGGGAAUGAGGGGUUGCAUAAUUGUGAAAACCGCAUUAACAUUAAUCAUAACAAUGAGCAGGGUGAAUUUUUAUGUUGACCAAUGUAGAGAUGAGGUGAAAUAUGGUGUAGAGAUGUUAAUAGUCCGAUGGUAAAUGAGUAAAGUGCAUGACCGUGCCUCUCUAACUGAUUUUGCAGAGUGACACAGCAAUUGUGGAUGCAAUUGAAACUCUAGAUAAUUUAUUCUAUAUUAGAAUGUGGCGAGGUGGGUGACAAGAAAAGAGAGAGAGUUGUAUAGUUCUUAUUUAACUGAGAAAAUUAUUGUAUCAACGAGUCUGUCUGAACUGUGGAAAAAUUCAGUGCCCAGUUGUGCGGUCAGAUUUAAUGAGAAUAACAUAAAUUAUUGUCAGAACGUGUUCGAGGAUUAUUAUUUUGAGUGAUUAUAUUGUGACGAAUUGUUAAAAGAGAAAAAGUCUUCAGAAUCAUCUCACUUCCGAGGUAUGAGUGAAUGUGCCUCAUAUUCAUUAAUGAAAGAGUCGAUGCUGUGCAUUCUCGCUGUUUUCCAAUGGUUUUGACAAAUCAUAUAAUCCCUGUUUCAUGAAUCACAACUUUUUUUAUCGCAUCGACUUGAUCUAUCAUCUCAUGGAAUGUAUUUAUCAUAAAGUCAUUAGAUUAUGAACAUGAAUGGCAACAAAAAUGGGUACAACUACUGAAUACUCCUAUUAAUCAUUCCGAGAUAGACCUGAACAUAGGAUACAUAUCGAUAUUGAAAAAUAAUGAGAAUGGAGAUGAGGAAUGUCAGUGAAGUUUCAUUGUUUAUUAAGGCUCUAAAUUAAUUUGUACAAUAUCAGACUAUUGUAAUAAACAAAGUGAAUCUUGCCUA